AUGGCUUUGCUUCAUCCCUUAACCAGCCUCCUCCUCUUCCUUGCUGUGCCUCUUUCCUGGGCUGCAAACCAGUCCCCACUGCCCCCCAGCUCCCUGCCUGCCAUCCCGCCACUGCCCCUCCUGCAGGCCCUGCAAACGCAGGCACCAGGCAGCCGGGGCUGGCAAGCGGGGCCAGCAAGUGGGCAGCCACUGCGCUACAUGCUGAACCUGUACCGGAAUGCUGCUUGACCCCGCCGAAGCCGCAGCCUGGGCACCAACACUGUCCGCCUGGUCCGGGCCAGUUCCCACAGUGGUCAGCCCUGGGCAGGUCGCUGGUAUGUGCAGCCCCUCACCUACUACUUGGAGGGCCCUGUUCCCCACCCCCGCCACGGCUGGGCUGAAGCGGACAUCACCCCUUACCUGGUGCUGGGCAAUGGCAGUGCGGGAAGCCUGGUGCUGCAGCAUGUUUGUGUGCGUGCUGGCCGGGCGGGGGGCCGUGGCGCCACAAUGGCCCCCAGCCACCCCUUCCUCCUCCUCUACCUCAAUGACACCCGGGCUGGGCUGACACCUCCAGGGGCAGAGCCCCACCGGCACCGGCGUGACACGGGGAUGCUGGCUCACGACCUGCCUGGCUACCUGCGGGAGCAGGGAGGGGAGAAAAGCGACUGUUCCCUGCGCCCCUUCCCUGUCAGCUUUGCCCAGCUGGGCUGGGACCACUGGAUCAUCGCUCCCCACCGCUACAACCCACGAUACUGCAAGGGUACCUGUCCCCACCUGCUCCGCUACGACUACCAUGCGCCCAACCAUGCCGUGGUGCAGAGCUUUGUCCAUCAGCUGGUGGAUGCCAAUGUGCCCCGGCCUUCCUGCGUUCCCUACCGCUAUAGCCCCAUCAGUGUCCUCAUGAUUGAGCGCAACGGCGGCAUCCUCUACAAGGAGUAUGAGAACAUGAUUGCAGAGUCUUGCACCUGCCGGUAA